GGAGUUCCCCCCGAAGGGGAACAUCCACAUCCUAUGGUAUUUAUGGAUGCCACUUACAAAGCCAUAACAUCAUAUGGUUAUGCAUUUUAUGCGCUUCUUUUGACAAACAGUAUUGGAAGAGCUGUACCAUUUGCCUACUUUAUUAUCAGUCAAGAGUCAGCUGACAUACCAGCCAUCUGCUUGGAAAAACUUGCAAUACACAACCCUGGAUUUCUUCCAAGGUAACAACGUAUAAACGUAUAACCUUGUAAAUUUUGCAAGCAGAGUAAGCAGACGCUUGCUGGUGUACUUUUGGUGUAGUUUUAUAUACAAAUGCAACUAUUGAGUAAUGAAGACAACAAAUCGUUUACACCAAUACUGAUUUUGUAAACACUAGCCUUCAUAUUGCAUGCUUCUGUUACUAAAUCGCUUGUUUCCUCAUCAUUUAGAUCAAUAAUGAUUGACCGUGACCUUAAGGAACUCAAUGCUAUUAGAAAAAGUUUUUCCAAAAGUGAAGGUUCUUCUUUGCUGGUUUCAUGUACUUCAGGUAUGACUGAACUUCUUUAUUCAAAAUUUUACAAAAAGAUGUGAAAGAUUUAAAUCACAGAUCUUUUAAAACAUUCAUCAUGACAACCGUUUGGCAAUUUAAAUGUUUUGUUUUUUUUGAGUAGGCUGUGCAUAGAUGGAUAGUUAAAAAAGAUGGAGGGAACUUGCCUGUUGAGCAAAGAAAUACUGUAAUUCAAGCAAUGGCAUCAAUGAAAUCGUGCUUAACGGUAAUAUUUUUUUCAAAUACUCAUCAUAUAGCAUAAUUAUUUUUCAGAAGUAAAAAUCUGUCUCCAUUAUUGAAACCUAAAAUAUAAACUGUAUACAGUGGAUUUUCCUUAGAUUGGUCAGGUUUUUGUUUUCUGUUUAAUGUUGCUGUACACCUUGAAUGUUAUUGUGCUUUUUAAUACAUUGUUUUUUUAAAGAAAUGUUUCCAUAACAGUUUGGAUUACUUGCAGUGUUGUGAACUAUCCCUUUAAAUGUGUAAAUGUAAGUAGCCAUAACUUAACAGUGAUUUUUUUUUCAGUUUUGUUUGUGGUUUUUAACUGGAAGAGGAGUUUAACAAUGUAUCAGCGACAAAAUGCAAAGAGCUGAAUACAUUAUUAGGUAGUUCACAUGUAUCAACUUACCUCAAGAAUCAGUGGAUUUGUUUAGGAGAAUUGUGGUCCAAUUUUGGUCGGACAUUCUAUCAUCAUAACAGUGAAACCAACAAUAAGGCAGAGAGGUUUUUCCUUACAGUGAAGUACCAAUUUUUGAAGGGGAAAAUGAAUAGCAGAAUUGAUCGGCUUCUUUGCUUGCUUUGUGGUGAUGUUCAGAAAUAUUACAGUUACCUGGAUGAUCUGACAGAAACUGGACGAAUCAACAGAUCUAACAGCGAAGACACCAUUAUUGCUGCUCAGUCUGUGGUUGCAAAAGGCCUGGAUACAAAAAUAGAUAUGUCUAAAGAUGGAGUAUGUUUGGUACCACCAGAUACAAGCACACAGUUUCACACUGUUGAUUUGGUGAUGCACACAUGCAACUGCAAAAGAUUCCAACGAGGAUCUAUGUGCAAACACUUAAUUUUUUCAAAGACAAUUGCAGAGAAACAAGGACUUGUGAUUCAAGACCUUAGGACUGAUGCAGCAAGAAAGAUUGUUGACAGUCAAUCCUACUUCACAGACAGUGAAAACCUUACUGUCUGUCACUUUGAUGGGAGUGUAGGAGUAGUAAGUCAUAAAGGGACAAGAUUUUGCACAUGCAUUGCAAAUAGUCAUGGGGAGCUGUGUGUAUGUACAUUAGUUCACAGCAUUCUUUACAAAUCUUGUCAGAGCGAUUCUUUUGAUUUACAAUGCUUACAGUCCUGUGAAAGAAAAAAGGCUACACUGCAGGACAUGCUCACAGAUCUUCACAAGUGGAGCCAGUCAGCACAAUUUCAAGAGACUCAGGAAGUGUACAAUUUAGUACAGAGGGCACACAAAUUGAUUUUUUCCCAGUUUAGCAAAGUUUCAAGGAAAAGAAAAAUUGCUGCUCUCCAUGGUUAUAGAAAAAUGGUCAAAAAAGCAAAAGAUAGAGUCAGUGUUAAUUACAUAGUCAAAAAGAAAAAAAACAAGGUUCACUCUGUAAGUAGGGAAUGUUUGAUCUUAUUAAAACAAUCACAUUUCUCUAAAGUUAUAUUUUUGCUCUUCUUCAAAUAGUGGCAAAUCACAAAAUGGCACUGUAGUGAUGCAGAAAUCGAACAAAUUACAAUGCUUUAACAUGUUUUUAAUGUGUGUCUAUUGUAGCGAGCCAUGUAAUACCACGUCGCCCUGGGCACAAAUCCACACCAGCUGGAUCUCUCAUCAACCUCGGAUCGC